GAGCAUUUUAUAAAGAUCCCAAGGAGACUUCAAUAGCGUUAAUAUCCUUCGGUGGGUGACAAACGAGGGAACGGCACCGCGGGACGUCCGGCGUCUCGAUGCCACACGACGAAUUAUCUCACCUCCGGUUGAAUAUUUGUGAAAAAUCGCCGAUACCGUGACGACGCGUUACUCCGUUGAUCAACAAAAGACUUCGAUUUCGAAGAGUAAUUAAGGCUAUAAGCUUUUUUCUCGGCCCUCCGGUGUAUGAGUCAAUUCAUAUACACAGGCAAUAAUAUAUUGACAAAUUUCUUAAUAAUCAAGAAUACAAAUAUGAAAUAAAACUUUGAGAAAGAAUUUUUAUUUUAGUUUGGUUUGACAUAGCAGUUCUGACAUAGCCAGUAAGUUCUACAAUUUAAAUUCAUAUCGAAUCCAGAGUACGAUAACCUGAAUGACUUUUGAUUUUUGCAUGUAUAAUCUGCAUAUAAAAUGCGAUUGCCUUUGGUAUACUCUGAUAUACUUUUCAACAUAGACACUUUUAUUACUAAUAAAAUUCGAAGAAUAGAUUUAAUAAGUAAUCAUUGUGAAUUAAUAUAUUGUAUAUUGUCUAUUAUACUUCAGAUAAUCAGACAAAUAAAUUAUUGCUUUCAUCAAAGUUUGUCUUUAAAGAUAGUAAAAACUACAUCUAAAACGUUCAGAAAUGUUUUCCAGCGUAGGCGAUUUUAUAGAUGAUUCCUCAAAGUAUAUCAUUUGUCAUCGGUGACUCUAUUUUUCUUCUCAUACAGGGGUUGAUGGCGAUGGCACUCAUUAUGGGGUAUUUCGAAAUGUUACAGACGAUCGUACGGUACAUUAUCAAAAGGUUUAUCAAACUCCGCCCUCCGGAAGAACGCCGCCCCCGACAUGCGCCGAGGUAUCGUCGCCCCUAUCCUGUUUCUCACCUGUAAUCACGCGCGUAAUCUUCUUCGGGGUAGUAAGACUUGGUCUUCCUCGAGGCAUUACGAACCUAUCGGUUACACUCUACUGUUUAACUCCUUUGAAAUACUACUGGAAAAUUUCCUAAGUCAGUAUUAAAAAUUGAUUUAAAAUAGAUCGUUCCAAAAUAAGUGAUUGUGAUGUCUGUUUGGGACGUUAUGCAAGAUGUACCAUUAGAUUUGAGUUGUCGCGCAACUGAAAAAAAAGUUAAUUUGACGGAUACUUCGAAAUUUCAGCGACGUUUGCCUUGUCAAACUUGUGGAAAAAAUUUUGAUAGACCGUCUCUCCUAAAGAGACAUUUGCGAACACAUACAGGUGAAAAACCACAUGGUUGCAAAGUAUGUGGUAAAAUGUUUAGCACCAGUAGUUCUUUGAACACACAUGCAAGAAUACACACUGGAGAACGACCUCACGAGUGUCCUAUUUGUGGAAAACGUUUCACAGCGUCUUCGAACUUGUAUUAUCAUCGUAUGACUCAUUAUAAGGAAAAGCCACAUAAGUGUAACGAAUGUGGCCGUUCAUUUCCGACUCCUGGAGAUCUCAGAGCACAUGGAUAUUCCCAUACCGGAAAUUGGCCCAUGAGAUGUCCUGUAUGCAAUCGAGGAUUUUGCAAACCAGGAGCUCUACAUCAUCAUAUGCAAUUACACAACGGCGAUCGUCCCUAUCAGUGCACUGUAUGUGACAAAAAAUUCUCGAUUAUCGGAAAUUUGCGAACACACGAGCGAACUCAUCAUUCGCAAUUUUCUAUAAUUAAUUUAAGAGAUUCUGCAAAUGUUGAAAAUGCGAUUUCGAGAGUUGAUAAUGUAAGGUUCGAAUUUUUAAAUACGAACGCACUUCAGUUACCUUCUACCAUUUUUCCUUGGACUUCAUGGCUACCCUUGCAAUACUAAUACGUAGAUUGUAUUUUAUGACUGGUACUUUAUGAAAAUAUCUUGCAUAUAAUUGUAAUUAUAAAAUAUGCGUUUAUAUAAAUAUCGAUUAUAAUAUUACGAAUUUGUUGGGAAAAGAAUGAAUUAGGUACAAUUCGGAU